AUGGAUUCUUCUAAUUGUCACCGUUCGAGCUACAAGUGCUACCCGUAUCUUACCAAGGCGGAGUUUUCUGAAGUAUGCCACUAUCUGGACAGGAGAUAUCGUCGUGCCACAUUAGGUCCCUUGCGCAAAGAAUGGCGCCUUCAUGUUCAUACGGCGUUGGAGUUGUCCUUUGAGCCUGGUUCAGGGCGUACUACUUUCCUACAGGUCACACGACCUCUGGACAACAGAACGGCUGCCGACGAUGAGCUCGCGGCUAAGAUGGGUGGCGUCUCCUUGGGCGAGGAUCAAGAUAUGCAACUGGAUGCCGACGAAAUGAUGGUCAAGAUGGAAGAUUCGGACAAGGAAGUCGUUUCUAAACGACCAUCUCGGGCACACUUCCAAGCAGGUCACGUCAUUUAUGAGAUUCAUUUCCACCCGACGUAUAGCUCACCCUGUCUCUGGUUCACUCUACAUGGUCUGCCAGCUGGGGAGUCACCCCUCAAUAUCGAAACUGUCUUCCGUCACUUAGUCCCUGAACAGUUCAAAGAUUCUCUCCGAACUGUUGGCCCCAUAGGCGCCAUCUCAAUCGACCACCACCCUAUUACCGGACUCCCUUCGUUCUUCGUUCACCCAUGUGCCAUCGGAGACGCCAUGGCUGGAUUUGACUGCGCAAAGCAAGACUAUCUCAUGGUAUGGCUUGGUCUGGUGGGAGGCAAGCUUGGUACUAGCAAGUCUUCAUUCAUCAUCGCUAUCUUCCUCCAUCGCCACAUCUUCGUCGCUAUCUUCUUCCUCCUCUUCGUCGCGAGUUCGUUUUUGUCCGCGAGCAUCAGGGCCGCCUGCAUCCGUCAUCGCAUGAUCGGAGCUCUGAGGAGGCUUCGUAGGAAGACCAUGAGGGUUCAAGAAUAUGAAAUUUUACAUACAAGUUCCAGUCCUAAGAAUUUGAAACCUUGUAAGGACCUUAAUGCUUGA